GUGUUGUGGAAACACAAGGAUUCCGCGAAACAUCAGCCUACCCUGCUGAGCUUAAUUCCGAAGACGGCCGACUCAAUCACUUAAGACAAAAACGAGACAGUAAGCAAGAAAACCCUUUUCUAUAUUUGAUUUAUUAAUGACUUAUUAAUGAUUUAUAUUAUAUCCCAUAAAAUAAUCCAUUGAAUUAUUCUUUAAUGUUGCAUCAAUUCUAAGUGAUUUAAUCUGAUAAAUGAUGUGUAACUGGUGUGCUAUUUCACCCAUCCGAAGCACCAGGUACGUAACGGCUGAAUAAACCCAACAAAGUCACAUAAUGAUGCAUGAUGCAGUGUUCACUAUAAAUACCACGUUCUUACAGCGAUCGUUCCCUGUUUCCUUCUUGCCUGCUGUGAUGGCGUCCUGCUAGUGGGGGUCAGUAGGGGUUCUUUGGGGGUUCCAGAAGACUAUAACUCCCAUGGUGAUGCUGGGGACCAGCUGACCAAUUACAUGAAAGUCCAUCAGACUCUCUCAAGUAGCUGAAGAGCUGCUUGUUUGUGAAUUGUGUGCACUACUCUGAGCCGAAUGGGUUGGAGUGGUGUGGUGUUGUGUGCUGUUACAGCCAUUGUUUUGACUUUGCAUAUUUCUGGAAAUAUAUCUUUGAUUUUGAGGUCUGGGAGAAUGUCCGUGUAUAGGCCCUCUGUCAGCAACAUGGGUUGUGUUACAAAUGUCAGAUGUUCAUGUGUGUAGGCUGAGAAUGCCUCGUGUCUUUGUGACUGAGUGCAAAACUGUUUGUGGCAAUUGCAAUCCUGAAGCUAUCAUAGGAACUGUAGUCCAAGCCAUCUUCAUGGUUUAUAAGUGGUACCAUCCUCAGUAAUCUCAAUGAUCUUCAGGCUGUCCAUGUGGGGACAUCCUCAGCAGCGGGGAGUGAUUUCCAGUUGAUGAUGGAUCAGACAAGUCCGGAGAGUAGAAGGAGUCAGGAUCACUGGUUCAUCUCAGGAGUAGAAACUUGUUUCCUUGCUGAUAAAAGCAUUUUUUGUUCUGGAAAAAAAAAAUCUGUGAUCUGGCGCAAUGUCCCGGCCACAGCGAUGCUGGACUGGUAGAAAUGCGGACCACGUGUCAGGUAAAUCCAGUCAAACAUGCAUUUUUGGUGUUUGGGAGAACCACGGGAAUGAAGCAGCACCUGCUUUCAGGGUUGCCAAGUCUGCUUACAAUACACAACUUUGGGAUUCUUCUUUUUUGAAGUCGUUUUUAAAAAAGUCAUGGGUUGCGGUUUUUGGGCUUGUUUUAAAAAAAUAUGGUUGCUCGUUAGGAAAAUCCCAUUUUUUGGUUACACUUAUGCUCACUGUUUUCCCCAGUGCAUUGAUUGACACUGUCUGCUCACAGCUUCACAAUAAUAUCAGUGCAGUUAUGUAUUUCAUCCUCCCACAAAUCCCCUCACUGACCUGUCCCGCCCUCUCCUCCCCUGAAUGAAUGCAUACUUCAGAGGAACACGUUUUAAUCCCAGUUUUAUUGUUUUCCCAGCUAGUACAUAUGCACUGGAAUACAUCGUGGUGGUAGAGGUAAAUGUUUCCGAACUGGAUUUCAUGCAGCAACUCAAAUCGUUCAGUCUUCAGUUAGACAACUCCACUAAAAUCUCUACUGUGGACAUAACAACCGGUGUGAGGACCAGUAUAUUUGGCCAUGUGACAAGUGCAUGGAAUAUGGGCAAUGCAAUGGCGCCACCAAAUCCUCGUGUUCUUGCAUCAAUGGCGUUCCAAACGAUGGACAGUUCUGCCAGCCACUACAUGACAUGUCAAAUGGAAGUACAUGUCCAACUCCACCACCACCACCAGCACCACCAGAGACCCCAAAAAAUAUGUCACUGAAGAUAGAUGAAAAGUUUGACAUCGCACUCACCAACCCAACCAGUGUGAAGUACCACAAAUAUAAAACCACACUUGAGAAUGUGAUUGAUGAUAGUUACCGAAACAUGGCUGGCUACAAACCUGGCUCCGUGAGAAUUCUCAGGUUCAGGCCUGGCAGCGUAAAUGUAGACUUUAUAAUUACCACAACCACGAAUGACCUUGAUUUUAGAUCUGCAAACUCGGAGCUCUCUCAAAUACUCACUGCGAAUGGAUUUAAAGUUGUUGAAAAUGCUUUUGCUUAUAGCGAGGAGUAUGACCUAGUCCAAAGCCCAGGCAAAAUAUAUCCUCUGCAAGAUGUGCAGCUCAAUUGUGCUCUUCCAGCGGCUGUAAUGGGAAACAUACAAUGGCGAGUGGGUGGAGUCGAUCCUUUUCUCAAUCCCGUUAAAUAUAACAUCCUUAAUAACAACCGCACUCUUAAAGUAAUAAGCGCGAGUGCCGUCGACAGUGGUAUAUAUGAAUGCAUAACCCAAAACAAUUCACUCAGACUUAUCCAGUGGCAACGAAUUGUGAUUCAGCCGUACCCCAAUAUCCAAGUAAAUCCUGAUAAAGUGUAUAAAUGUGGCGAUGUGUCCAUACCACUGCAGUGCUGUGCCCACAGCAGCUAUACAGUCAAGUGGACCAAGGACUCCCCGGAACCACUAACGCCUCCAGGUCCAGGGUCAGGCUGCAUCGUAUACAACUACACUGUCCAGAAACAGGAUUGUGAGGCUGGUGACAAAAAAGUCACUUUCACAUGUCAACUUUCAGACGAUACUCUGAGUGUGUUCGAUUAUAGCUCAAAAAGCUUAUCAAUAAGUACGACCCAGAAAGCAUUCACCUGCACUGAUAGCAGCUUCGGUGUUGGGAUUGUAAAUCAGACAGCGUUCAGACACUGUGAUGGAAAUGAGAUUGGAAUUCAAUGGGCAGUGUGCAAUAAAACAGGACAGUGGAGCAUAAUAUCGAACAACUGCACCCUUCGAGCCAUCCAGGACCUGGCAGAGAGGGCUGAAUAUUUAGACGUAGAAGAAGUCCCAAUGUUUGCUGCGAAUCUCAGUAACGCUGCGGAAAAGAAUUCGGAGGGUAUAACCACCGUGCCUGUCAAUCUCUUGAAAGUUGUUGAUUUACUCAGCAGACUUGCGACUAUUUCCAAAACAGGAUCAUUUACAGUGGACAAAAACAUGAUGGAGGAUUUCCUCAAAACUGUGGACGUCGUCACGUCUGAGAAAGCCCAAGCGACGUGGAAGAGUUUCAACGACGGUGACGCGAGUACGAACGCCAGCUCUGUGCUUCUUCAGGCAAUCGAAAAUAUCGGGAGCAGCCUCUCAAACGAUAGUUUUUCCAUAGUGAUGUCGAAUAUCCGACUCGUGAGGAAUUUGAGUCGCUUCAUCCAUGAAACGUUUAACACAAAUUCAACUACUCAAAUACGCUUUCCAGAGACUGGCGGAUCGUUCCCGGUCACCGUGGUUAUUUUCUCAGCGCUUAACGUUGUGUUACCUGUUCGGAAUGCAAACAACAACAGCAGUCAAACUCAAGCCAGCAUCAACGGAGACUUAGUUGUGAUUGAAGGAGAGUCGGCAGUGAACAACGUCUCCCUUGUUUUCGAUGCUAAAAACAAGUCAUUAGGAAACCCACAGUGUGUCUUUUGGAACUUUAACCUUUUAAAUGGAAUUGGUGCGUGGGACUCGACUGGAUGUGAACUCAAGCCACUGAGUAGUCAAGCUGAAAGGUUGACAUGCGAGUGCAACCACACAACCUCUUUUUCUAUACUGAUGUCACCAGCAGUUUUUCCAGAUAACGAUACCCUGACUUACAUCACGUACAUUGGCGUAUGCAUUUCAAUGGGCAGCUUGGUUUUGUGCCUCAUCAUCGAAAGUCUUAUCUGGAAAUCGAUGUCAAAAACAGAUACGUCGUACAUACGCCACGUCUCCACGGUCAACAUCGCUCUGUCCCUUCUGGUUGCAGACAUGUGCUUCAUUAUCGGAGCAGUAAUUGGGAAAAAAGGGCAGAAGACACCUGUGGGUCCCUGCAGCACAGUGACAUUCUUCAUCCACUUCUUUUACCUUGCUCUGUUCUUCUGGAUGCUCCUGUCAGCACUCUUGCUUCUCUACCGCACUGUCAUAGUCUUCUCCAGGAUGUCCAGGACCAUGAUGAUGACCAUAGCCUUUACCGUUGGCUAUGGAGCCCCAUUAAUAAUCGCUCUGGUUACUGUGGCAGCAACAUCUGGAAAUGGAGGAUACAUUCAAGAAGAGGAUACUUGUUGGCUCAACUGGAAUAAAACCAAGGCUAUACUGGCGUUUGUGAUUCCAGCCCUGGUCAUCGUGCUUGUAAAUCUCCUGGUGCUUAUUAUGAUUGUAUAUAAGAUCAUGACGAGUGGAAUUGGCGCCAGAAUUCAGCGAGAUGAGAAACAUGCCAUAGUAAUGAUUGCCAGGUGUGUGGGCAUUUUAACACCCCUCUUUGGUCUAACUUGGGGAUUUGGGAUUGGAACCAUGGUGUCAUCAGCCUUUGGGAUUCACGUGGUGUUUGCAAUCCUUAAUUCACUACAGGGCUUCUUCAUUUUAGUUUUUGGAACACUACUGGACAAAAAGAUUUUUGGGGCUCUCCUAAGAAGGUGGAGGUGGACGAACAUGAGCCUUAACCUCACUGGGAACACCAGUGAAGGAACAUCAGCUUCUAAUCGAAGGGGUUUCUAUCACGUUUUCCCAAGGCGAUACGGCUACAACCUCUCGACAGCUGCCUACUCUUCACAUGUACCGUCAAACUUCACGGAAAGUUUUAAGUUCACUGACAAAUAAUGCGUCUCACUGCACAUGCAAACAGAGCGUCCCUUCCACACGACUGCCAUGACUCGACUCGAAUCAAUUCCAUUUCUUUUAUUGUUAAAUAAACAGCUACUGCAAUGUUAA